UAUUUUUUUUCCUGGUUUCCACAGACACAGUCAUAAAGAAAUUUUAUUUAAAAACCAAAAACGAAAUGGCAACUGAGGUUUCACAACAACUUGAAACUGAGACUGAAGUCACAGAAGUUGACAGAAACGCAGACCAACCAAUACCUAUAGUUGUGGUUGAUGACGACCAUCGAUUCUGCUUGGACGAGGAAGCUAUUUCAUCUAUUUUGCUCAAGAAUGACGUUAUGAAUCUUCCCGUGGCUGUUAUUUCAGUAGCUGGUGCUUUCCGUAAAGGAAAAUCGUUUUUGCUCAACUUUUUCCUGAGAUAUCUGACAAAUUAUGGGAUGGAGAAUUGGCUUGGUGACUCCGAUGAAUUAUUAUCUGGUUUUUCAUGGAGAGGGGGGUCAGAUCGAGAUACAACUGGAAUACUUAUGUGGAGUAAAGUGUUCAAAAUAUCCAUCAGUGAAGGGCAUGAGAUAGCAGUUGUUCUUGUUGAUACACAAGGAGCGUUUGAUUCUUCUUCAACAGUCAAAGAUUGCGCAACAAUAUUUGCCCUCAGCACCAUGACAAGUUCCGUGCAAGUUUAUAACAUUUCACAAAAUAUCCAAGAAGAUGACCUGCAACAUUUGGAGCUUUUUACAGAAUAUGGAAGAUUGGCGAUGGAAGAAUCUUCCGAAAAACCUUUCCAGUCCCUCCAAUUCCUUGUUCGUGACUGGAGUUACCCUUAUGAAUAUACGUAUGGGUACGAAGGGGGGAGGAAACUAUUGGAUAAACGACUUGAACUUACUGAACAACAGCAUGAGGAAUUACAAAGAGUUCGAACCCAUAUUCGGUCGUGUUUUACAGAUCUGGAUUGUUUCUUGAUGCCUCACCCUGGACUAUCUGUCGCAACCAACCCACAUUUUAAUGGAGCUUUAAAAGAUAUUACUGACGAUUUCAAAACUCAUCUUAGUUGCCUUGCCCCUCUACUGUUGUCGCCCGAUAAAUUAAAAACAAAGAAAAUCAACGGGACAGAAGUAACAGCAGCUGAGCUUGUGGAAUAUUAUCGGGCUUAUAUUAAAAUAUACGAUGGAGAGGAACUACCUGAACCUAAAACUAUGUUGCAAGCUACUGCUGAAGCAAAUAAUCUUUCUGCUGUUUCUAAAGCUAAAGAUGUUUACAUCAACUUAAUGGAACAAACAUGCGGAGGUGACCAACCGUUCCUCAACCCCAACCUACUUGAGGAUAAACACCAGGAACAUAAACAAACUUCACUCGAUAGUUUUGAUGCCUCAAGGAAAAUGGGGGGUGCAGAGUUUAGUUUAAAAUACCGUGAACAACUUGAAACUGCAAUACAAGAAUCAUUCGAUAAUUUUGUAAAAAGCAACGACGCUAAAAACGUGUUUCGUUACGCACGUACACCGGCCGUAUUCUUUGCGUUUGGUGCAAUUAGUUACAUUCUGUCUGGGCUGUUUGGAUUCAUAUACCUCACUUCAAUUGCUACCGUGUUCUCACUCAUCUGUAUGAGUAUGUUAGUAGCACUUGUUGUAUGGGCUUAUGUCAGGUAUACCGGUGAUCAUAUCGCUAUCGGACAAUCUUUGGAAGUUGCCGCCGAUUUUAUCUGGGAUUCAUUCAUGGAGAAACUUUAUGAAACCAUUGUUAAACCAGGGACAACUCAUAUAAGAGAUGAAGCAAUCAAACAAAUGACAAAUAAAAUUAAAACGAACUAAAUUAUUCCAUCUGCCACAAUCUUGUCCAAGUUGUAUAGCGCGCUGGGGUGAGAUGGUCCAGGUUUUCAAAAAAAUUUACCGAAUUCCCCCCCAAAAAAUUAUGGAAUUGUAUAACUGUAUUCCCACAUUGUUAAUUGUUACAGCACGGUUAGAAAAUAUUGGGUAUUAUGUGUUAAUGAUGUCCCAUCUUACCCCAACCUACUAUAUAUUGUUUGGGCUACGUUGUGUUAUGUAGCCGUUAUAUUGGUGUGUGCGGGUAAUUGUAAGAGCCUUUUCAAUAUCUCAAUUUGUUGUGUAUCAUGGACAUGUAAUUUACCUUAUGUCUCAUAAAUCACUGUGCAGCAAAAUACUAUACUUAAAAUCAGUGGCGCAGCCAGGGGGGUUCAGGGGCUCGCAACCUCCCCUUUCAAACCCCCAAAAAAUUAAUAAAAAAAAUUUUGAUUAAAACCCCCCCUUAUUUUUUCUGGCUGCGCCACUGCUUACAAUGCCGUUGUAAAAACUUGGGUGUAAAUUUUGGCCAACAAAAACCGUGUGCAAGAUUAAGGAGACAAUUAAUUUUUGCUUAAAAUAAUUCUUCAUGCCAGUUUGUAUAUUUAUUGUUAAAGUAAUUGAUGUUGUAACACUCCACCUGGUAAGGUUACUGUUGUGGCUUUUAUUCAAGGUACGAACAAAGUUACUUGCAGUGUUUACUGUCGUUGUAAGAACGGAUUCCCAGAAUAUUCCAUUUGGUUCAAAUUUUAUUUAAGCUCACUUUUCAUGGUGUUUGUUCAAAAUUUGUAAAGUAAAUACAUGAAUUGUGAGAUCUAUUAA